AUGGAGUCUCAGCACAAAUGCAUUGUGAUCUUUGCGCUGGUGUGCUGCUGUGCUGUGCUGAUAGCACUAAUAUUCUCUGCUGUAGAUGUGUGGGGGGAUGACGAGGACGAUAUCGCUGAAGGAAAAUGUAGCAGUGCCUGCCGUGUUGUGCUAGUUGAGAAUAUUCCAGAAGAACUGUCCAUUCCAUAUAAGGACACAGUUUCACUGGCCGCUGGUCUCCAUGAGCUUUUGGAUCAAGCACAUCGAUCUGUUGAGAUCGUGUCACCAUGGUGGGCACUGAACUCUACCGAGUAUGAGUCAAAACCUCCCCAGGCCAAACAGGGUCAGAUCUUACUCCAUCAGUUGAUGAGUCUGCAGUCUAGGUCAGUCAGUUUGAAGGUGGUCAGUGGACUAACUAAUUCCUCAGAGCUCAAGGCACUCACUCAGAGUGGUGCAGAAGUGCAUUACCUGAACAUGAAAGCCCUCAUUAAAGGUCAGCUCAACUCCUCCUUCUGGGUGGUGGACAGGAAGCACAUGUACAUAGGAAGUGCUGGCAUGGAUUGGAGGUCACUGUCUACGAUGAAGGAGUUGGGCAUCAUUAUUUAUAACUGCAGCUGUCUGGUGUUGGACCUGCACAAGAUAUUCAGCCUCUACUGGCAACUGCAGUAUAAAGAUUUUUUGCCGUCAAUAUGGUCCAAGAAACUGAACGCUCUGUAUAACAGAGACAACAACCUUCAACUACAUCUGAAUGACACUGAAGCAAAAGCAUACUAUUCAAGUUCUCCAGAUGUUUUCUGCCCAAAAAAACGGACGAAAGACCUCGAGGCCAUUAACAGAGUCAUUCAAGAGGCUGAGACAUUUAUCUACAUCUCCAUAACCAACUAUCUACCAAUGCUCAACCGCAACCAACCCAAUAGCAGUAUAGUGCAUUACACUGAUGUUUACUCUAUGUCCUUUAACAGGUACUGGUCACGCAUUGACAACAUGCUCCGAGAAGCCUUGAUUCUGAAAAAAAGCAUCGAAGUACGCCUGUUAAUAAGCUGUUGGGAGCAGACUGAUCCGCUGACGCUGAACUUCCUGUGGUCUCUCAAAGCACUGUGCACAGAGUCAGUCCGCUGCUCAGUGGAGGUGAAGUUCUUCAUUCCACAGAAGCAGAGCAAUGGAGAUCUCUAUGGAAUGAAUCACAACAGAUACAUGGUGACUGACAGAUCUGUGUAUAUAGGGAGUUUAAACUGGGUGGGCAACGAGUUUGUCUACAGCGCCGGUGUUGGUGUGGUGAUCAGUCAGCAGGUGGAGCAGAACAACUCGACUGUGGUUGAACGGAUGAAAGCUGUCUUUGAACGAGACUGGCAUUCCCACUACAGUAAAACUCUCCAGCCAAACAAGAUCCCAGUGUGCAGCAUGCACACGGUCAAACAGCAGCCUGCGGCAAGCCUUUCUCUCUGAAAACAUGUUUGAA